AUGUUCAUUCUCACGCGCUUCACAGAUCUCAUUCGACUCGAUCCCACCAGCUUCAAAAAGCCGCUCAACGACGCUAUUGUGGACGAGAUUAACAACUGCUACGCUAACAAAAUCAUCGACGGAGUGGGUCUGUGCAUCUGUGUCUAUGACCUGAUCACUGUCGGCGAAGGCCAGGUCAUGUCCGGCGACGGUGCUGCAUUUGUGAAAAUCACCUUCAGAAUGGUGGUUUUCCGGCCGUUUGUGGGAGAGGUACUAGAGGGCUGGAUCUCCAGCUGUACCGCGGAAGGAAUCAAGGUGAAGAUGGAGUUCUUCGACGACAUUUUUAUCCCCGCACACCUGCUGUUUGAAAACUCGCAGUUUGUCGCCCGAGAACAGGCCUGGAUGUGGUGUCCUGACGAGGAGCAGGAGCUGUUUUUGGAUACCAACGAAAAGAUCCGGUUCCGAAUCGAACAAGAAAAGUUCCAGGACCUGCCUCCACUCAAGCAGGGCUACGCUGGAAGUGCUGCUCCUAACGACGAGCAGGACCCCGAGAAGCCAGGUGUUCCUCCUUACUCUCUGAUUGCCAGUUGCCAGGGAGAAGGCAUGGGUCUGGUGUCUUGGUGGGAGUAA